AUCGGUCAUGAUAAUAAUAAUAAGAAGAAGAAGAAGAAAAGAAGAGGAAGAAAGAAAAAAGAAGAAUAUUCAUACGUAUGAUUUCCCGUGAAUUUUUCACACACGCAACACACACACACACACACACACACACACACACACACACACACACACACACACACACACACACACACACACACACACACGUGCGCGAGAACAUCAAGGGUAAAAAAAUAUUAUCAUUAUUAUUAUUAGUAGUAGUAGUAGUGGUAGUAGUAGUAGUAGUAGUAGUAGUAGUAGUAGUAGUAGUAGUAGUAGUAGUAGUAGCAUUAAUUAGUAGUCGUAGCAGCAGUAGUAGUCGUAGUAGUAGUAGUAGUAGUAGUAGUAGUAGUAGUAGUAGUAAUGGUGAUAGUAGUAGUAGUAGUAGUAGUAGUAGUAGUAGUAGUAGUAGUAGUAGUAGUAGUAGUAGUAGUAAUAGUACUAGCAGUAGUAGUAAUAUGAGAACCCUCCUCCUAACUAUAUUAAUAAUUGCCUAACUUGCACGUGUAAAGUGUUUCAGGUGUACAGGAUGAGGGGCUGGCGGUGCACCCUUCUGCUAGUGGUGGUGGAAGUGAUGGGGACAGGACCACCUUCAGAUUUUGUGGGCCGACUGACUGCGCUUGACUUUACGGAUGGUAACUACUAUAUGAUGGGCAGAGAAGGCGUGACGGCCUCGCUGGACGACCUGCAACGCGGCCAAGAUGAACUAAUAGUAAAACUGAACAACGUUAUCAGGACACUCAAGGAGGACGAAUUGAAAUUGAAAAACAUCUUCUACAAACUUGGCCGACAUGACACCAACUUGGAAGAUGUUGACUCAAACCUCCAUCGGCUAGGUGACUCAUCUAGACGCAUUGAAGCCAAGCUUAACAAGCACGCCUAUAAUUACUGCUAAGGGAAACACUCACCAUGGCUCAGGCUGCCUACCUCUUUGUUGCUGCCCUUGCUCCACGCUGCUUGCCUCUGUGUUCCUGCCCUUCCUUCAGGCUGCCUGCAUCUGUAUUGCUGCCCUUCCUUCAGGAUGCCUGCCUCUGUCUUGCUGCCACAACGCACGUCAAAUUACGCCUCCUUGCUCCUGACUGGACGGAGAUGCAGUUCAUCAUUUAGUCAAAACAUAAGCACAUUUAAAGUUAUAGUAAAAUAAAUCAAAAUAAUGGCAAAUAAAUCUUAUAGCAAUGGAAGCCGUGUGAGGGGAACAGAUCGCUGUAAGGCUUUGACGCACACGCCAGCAUGCACCUUGUUGUUGUGCGAGAAUGUCAAGCUAAGGAUGGUGAUACUGACGUGUGUUUCAUGUGGCUCACUCACGGGGAUAGAAGCAUUAAUGAAGAACCAAAAUAAUUAGUAUUCAGAAAUUAUGAUGCGGUAAGAGGAGCAGCAUGGGCGGAUGAGGAGCAACUUCAACACCUGCGUUUUUCCACGUCACCAGUGCCGCCAGGUUAUGCCGCCAUAGGUACUACGUGUUCACGCCACCGCCAUCAGUCUACAGGUGAGUUAAGACAAGAGUGAUAAGAUUACUACUCGUAUCACACCACUGGCGGCGGGGAGUUGGGGAGGUGGCCACUGCAAGAAUCACAGUAUCUGAUAACUUUCAUCGCCCCUCAAUGUCGGCGAAAAGCUGCCACAUUGAUACCCGAAGCAACUACCGCAAUCUCUGGCAGCUGACCUUCAUGUCACUUCUGAACUGACUGACCAUCAACGUGAACAGCACAAACAUUACUUUUAUUCUGCUUUAUAGAGGUAUUCUUUCCUCAACACUUGAAUAACAAUUACGUCACAUACCCAUACCCAAUUACGUCUAAGGCUUGGCAGAGUCACGUGAUUAGACAAAUGUUCUUCACCGAAGUGUGGUCUUCUUAUUGAUAAGAUACUGUCCUGUCUGUUAUGAAUGAUGCAACACACAUCACUGUCACUGGUGCCGCCACGUUGUAAUGUCGUAUUUCUACAUUGCACGAUGUUGGUACAUCCCAUACUGGCUUUUGUGGGUUCAGAGGAACACUUUAAUUUUGUUUUGUAAUUUUUACCGAAUUUUUGUUAUUUACAUAUAUUUACACUCAAACGACCAUAUAUGACUUCCGACAACAACGAAAAACUACGAAAAUUGUUUCAUCUCUCUUCAAAUAAAUUCCAUUAAAUAUGUCGAACACUUCACAUUACACUUCCGAUUCAAAUCACUUCACAUAUUUAAUACUCAAUAAUAAAUCACAUCCUACACAAACCUUGCAACCAAUAUUCAAUGAGGAACACAUCCCACACCUACCCAAUCCCUCUCUGUCAAUAUAUAACACCAACAUUUUACUGUGACUUCAUUACAACUGUGUGGCUCUACUUACUGGUACUGGGACAGGCGGCUUGCCCAUCCUGACCAUCAUUUAUUCUUUCUACUUCUUAUUUCCUUCUUCAUUUCUUCAUUCUUGUUUCAUUCUUCUUUUAUCUUAUGUGUUUCAUUUCUACUUGUUUCUUGGGUUACAACAGUAAUAAGGUAAACAUGAGCAUUGAGUCUCUAGAAGACUUUUUGAACGACAGCCACGAUGAUGAACGCUUCCUGCAACACUCAGGGAUUCUUGGACGUGUCUCGCUCUUGCCUUAGGGAUGACUCUCACCUCACCCUCGCCUCGUCAGCAGAUGUCUAAAUCUGAAAUGGACAAAACAAGGAAAUGACACUUGAUGAGUCUAACAUGAAUAAAACUUCCCACGUGUGUUUAGGUACUGUGUAGGAAAUACAUGAUUUACCGACGCCAAAAUGUCACUGAUUGAGCAUAAGUGUGAAAGGUAUACAUUUACCUACAUGAAGGAUGAGGGGCGCCCGCACAGUGACUGAGGGGAGGGCCGAGGGGCACCUGUAGUAAAUCGUUCAGCCUGUUAAAUACUGCUAUUGCAUCUCUUGAAUUGCCCUCCCUCUCAGACCCUGGCCAAGACCAGCCAGGGCACAGUCGCUGAGUGGUGGCGGGAGGCGCUGGCCAGUCGCCGCUCAGCAUCACGGAGGUCAACCACCACCACCACCACCACCACCUUCUCCUCCUCCUCCUCCUCCUCUUUAUUCAUUCAUUUCAGUCUGUUGUCUUCCUCGUUUUCCACUCCCUCCUCCUCUUCUUCCUCCUGCAAGUGUCGUGUUACCCUUUUAUUUAUUUACAGUGAAGCUAUGACCACAUUUUCCGAGUAACCUCCUCACUCACUUCCACUGAAGGUUACAGGACAGCAGAUAAGGGCGCCCUCUCACAAUCUUAUAACAGCUAUCAUGCUUCUAGAUAACGCUGGCAGGUCUUGUGUGAAGCGGCCAGCAGAGGCAGCAACAGCAGCAGUAGUAGUAGUAGUAGUAGUAGUAGUAGUAGUGGUAGUAGUAGUAGUAGUCGUAGUAGUAGUUGUUGUUGUUGUCGUUGUUUUUGUUGUUGUUGUUGUUGUUGUUGUUGUUGUUGUUGUUGUUGUUGUAGCAGUAGUGUAGCCGGUAAUAAAUUCUUCAGCCUCUGUUUCUGUGUUCCGUUUUCUAUAACUUGUUUUAUCUCUGCUGGCUUAUGUUGCACUUUCUCAGAUAAGCUUGUGUGCCCCACCGUCCUUUUUCUGUCACUACUGUCAUUACAUUUGGUAUCUUUGCUGUAGCUCUUCAUUAGUCAUACCUAUUGUAAUGCAAGGUUCGGCUGUCUAUCCUGUAUAUGGAUGAGCGUGAGAAAAUACUGAACUGCCUUAAACCCGUAGGGUGUUAUUCACAUCACAUGACGCGCUCCUGCUGGGUACGCCCACAGGUUUCUCACGUCACAUGACGUUUUUCAAAUAUCUUGUUUAUGCUGCACAUGCUUGCUUUGUAUGGGCAAUAACUAUUCCUGUGGGAGUGUCUGGCAUAUCAUUCUUGAAGAUAAGGGCUGGUUAAGCUCUCAGAAUCAGUACGUAAUGAGUAAAGGUCAUGCCUCUGAAUGUAGAGGAGACGCGAGCUUUACUUUUCCCAGCAAACACUAAUUCUUUAUCACUUACUUCCUCGCUUUCAGCAUCACCCUCUCCACUAUACACAUAAUCUUUAUCUUUAUUACUAUCAUCUCAGAGCAGGGGUGUCAAACGCAAAUCCUUUCGAGGGCCAAUUAUGCACUUGGUUAUGGUCUCGAGGGCCAUCAAAGAUUUGGUAAUUAUUUAUUAGCAAGACUGAAAAUUACAACUUAUUUUGCUGGUUAUCCUGGUUUACCAAAAAUACAUUAUUUGGGUUCAUCUGAACUUACACACGUAAAAUUGGUAAGAGGUAUAACGGACGUACAGUCCUCCACCCCUUGCUUGUUGUGUCUAGUACGUAUGAAAAGAUUUGGGCGACUCAUGCGUUCAGAUAGCAGCAUCGACUGGGUCUUCGGCUUCAGACGGAUUAGUUAUGUUCAUUUAUUAAAAUUUGCACUAAAAGAGCGUUGUUGCUAGCAAUUAUAAUAUGAAAUAAAUAAUUUUCAUAUGAAUGAAAGAUUGAAAGGUAAAAGUUAUUAUGUCUCGUCUUAACAGUUUAGUUACAUUUUCUUCAGUUACGAGAAUUAUAGUAACUCCAGUUGAAAAAUCUCUUGUCACCUCGUGGGCCACUUAAGACCAUCCCGCGGGCCAUGAGUUUGACACCCCUGAUCUAGAGGAUCAUCACUAUCAGAGCUACCAGAAUAAUCAACAAACAACAUCAUCCUUGCUGAUAUUUGAAAAACGUCAUGUGAUAUGACAAACCUGUCAUAAGAACAUAAGAAAUAAGGAUGCUGCAAGAAGCGACCAGGCUUACACGUGGCAGUCCCUGUAUGAAAUACACCUAUUUCCAUAUAUUAUCCCCAUCUAUAAAUAAACCUGUUUAAUCUUCUCUUAAAGCCCUCUAAUGUCCUAGCACUAACAAAAUGAUUACUGAGUCCGUUCCAUUCAUCUACCACUCUAUUUGAGAACCAAUUUCUUCCUAUCUCCUUCUUAAACCUGAAUUUUUCAAGCUUGAACUCGUAAUUUCUUGUUCUACAAUUAUUGCUGAUCCUAAGAAUUUUGCUUACAUUCCCCUUGUUAUAACCCUCAUACCACUUAAAGACUUCUAUCAGGUCUCCUCUUAACCUACGUCUCUCUAAAGAAUGUAAAUUUAACAGCUUCAAUCUCUCCUCGUAAGGAAUACUCAUCCCCUUUAUCGUUUUAGUCAUUAUCCUCUGUACUGAUUCUAAUAGAUCUAUAUCUUUCCUGUAAUGUGGGGACCAGAACUGUACAGCGUAGUCAAGAUGAUGUCUGACCAGCGACAAGUAUAACUUUAAUAUUACUUCCGGCCUUCUACUUUUAACACUCCUAAAAACGAAUCCUAGUACCCUAUUUGCCUUGUUUCUGGCCUCUAUGCAUUGUUUUCCUAGACGGAGUUUAGAGCUAAUUAUAACUCCUAAAUCUUUUUCGUACCCUGUAUCUACCAGAGUUUCGUUGUUUAAUGUGUACCUACUGUGUGGGUUUCCUCUACCUACGCUAAGUACUUUGCAUUUGUUGAUAUUAAAUUGCAUUUGCCAUCUGUCCGUCCAUUCAUUCACUCUAUCUAAAUCUGCCAUCUGCCAUCUGCCUGCAAGGCGAUGGCAUCCGAUUCUGACCUAAUUAAUCUACCUAUCUUUGUGUCAUCCGCAAAUUUACUAACAUUACUACUAAUUCCACUAUCCAAGUCAUUGAUAUAUAUUAGAAAUAACAAUGGCCCUAAUACUGAUCCCUGUGGCACCCCACUAAUUACAUGACCCCACUCGGAUUUCGAGCCGUUUAUUACAACUCUUUGUCGCCUGUCACUAAGCCAUGACCCUAUCCAGCCUAACACCUUCCCAUCUAUCCCGUGUGCCCUAACCUUUCUCAGGAGCCUUUGAUGAGGUACCUUGUCAAAUGCUUUACUAAAGUCCCGAUAUAAGAUAUCAUAACUAUCACCAUUAUCUACUGCCUCGUACACUUUACUGUAAAAACUUAAUAAGUUUGUCAGGCAAGACUUCCCCUUCGUGAAGCCAUGCUGUGACUGAUUUAUCAAGUUAUGUUUGUUUAAAUCAGUGGUUCCCAAAGUGGGCGGUACCGCCCCCCUGGGGGCGGUGGAAAGAUCUGGGGGGGCGGUGAGGAAGAAGGGGGCGGUAGGGGGGCGGCAGUCCGAAGUCGAAGUCAGAAGUUCGAACGUUUGUUUGACGAUUUGUACAGUUCAAAAAGUCAUAUCAAGAUUUUUGGUUACAAAAAAAAAUCUGUGACUGCUAUCAAGUGCUGUGGAACAAGGUCAAGAUGUACUUUAUUGCCUUCCCAACAUCGUAUUUAGUAGAACGGGGCUUCAGUGUAGUCGCCUUGCCUCUUUCCAAGCAAAGAAACCGACUGAAAAUUACUGACCGUGGGGAUCUACGACUUCUUAGUGAGUUCCAGCCUGAUGUUGAGAAGCUUAUGUCCCUGCACCAAGCACAUCCAUCCCAUUAAUAUUAAGUGUGAGACAAUGAAGGUUACUGGUGGAAUGUUUAUUUACCAUUCCAUGUUGCUGAAACAGUUAAAACUACUAAAAAUAAAUUGGUUUACUAAAUUAAGUUAUAUUUGUGAAAUACACAUUUGUGUUUAACCUUUCUCUUUUCAAAUUGCAGCAUACCAAAUAUCAA